AUGGCACCCCAACAUUGCAGGGCCGUGGCCGGGUCCAACACAAUCGGGAAUCACCAGGCUAACGAGUCUCUGUUAGCCAGGGGUUCACGAUUGUCAGACGGCGAAGCAGGUGGACGAUCUUCGUCAUCGUUGGUCCCGAAAGGAUUCAUAGCAGUAUACGUGGGCCCAGAUCAAAGAAGGUUCGUGAUCCCCAUGACUUGUUUGUCGAUGCCCGAGUUUGUGGUGUUGAUGGAUAAGGUGGCGGAGGAAGUCGGGUUCGAGACCGUUGGAGGGCUUCAUUUCCCGUGCGAGGAGGAAGAGUUUAAAGAGAUAUUGAUGAGGUGUUUGAGAAUGCACAAGAUGAUUGCCAAGGGGAAAAGGAGGAGAAGAUCAAGCUCUAAGGUUUGGAAUCAUUAA